AUGUCGACCGAGUGUGCAGGCUCUCUUACUCCCAUGAUUUUGUUCAUUAAAUAUCUCAGAAGGCUGUUUGUGGAAUACACCUCGGAGUGGUACUCCAUUCUUGCGCAGAUUGCAAAAGAGGUUGAUCCUACUGUAUCCGACCUGUCCGACUACGAUCCGAAGCGAUUGCUGAUGUUUGACGACAAGGACCAAAACCUCUCAGUGACUUACUUCAAAAUCUUCCAACUUCUGCGCACCUGCGGUAACAUGAUUGAGGAAACACAUCAAGACUUUCUAGACUGGCACGCCAAGAUCUUGUCGACGUUUAAGAACGAUCUUGAAGAGCAACUAGACGCUCAAGGCCCGGUGACCGAUGUCGACAUGAAGAAGAUGCGCGAGGAGUGGAAGAAGUGGAAGAACAAAUCGAAACGCAGAUUCGAGGAGUUAAGGGGGCGUUUCAAGGACAAACAGCAGGACGUCCUGAGCCUUACAGAAAGUGUAGGUCUCUACAAUAACACGCAAGAGAGCGUCGCUGAUGUCCAAGCUUCAAAAUUUCAUCGCUGUUAA